AUGAGUUAUGACGGGACCAAAGACCUUCAGGAACACCUCACCGCCUUUGAAGCAAGAAUGAAUUUAGAAGGGGUAGGCGACGCAAUGAGAUGUCGGGCAUUCCCUGUAACGCUAGCCGGCCCAGCGAUUCGGUGGUUUAACGCCCUCUCGCAAGAGUCCGUCACGGCUUUUGCAGAUAUCUCCCAAAGCUUCCAAGCCCGGUUCACAACACGCAUAGCUAAGGCCAAACACCCGAUCAACUUGUUAGGAGUCACCCAGAAACCUGGGGAACCGACCAGGAAGUUCUUGGACAGGUUCAAUGACGAAUGCUUGAAAAUUGACGGUCUCGCGAACUCGGUCGCCAGUCUCUGCGUAACAAACGGCUUGCUAAAUGAGGAUUUCAGGAAACACCUCACGACCAAGCCUGUGUGGACCAUGCAGGAAAUCCAGAGCGUCGCCAAGGAAUACAUCAAUGAUGAGGAACCUCCACGAGUGGGAAGGUUCACAAACUACACGCCACUCACGGUGCCCAUAGUAGAAGUCUACCAACAAAUUGCGGACAAAGGAAUCCUAUCCAGACCUAGACCCCCGAAAGAGAGAACGGGUGGCAACAAAAACCUUUAUUGUGACUACCACAAGGGGUUUGGUCACAAAACACAAGACUGCUUCGACCUCAGGGAUGCCUUGGAACAAGCCAUCAGAGAAGGAAAACUGAGCGAAUUCUCCCGGCUCAUCAGAGAGCCGAGGAGGCGGGAAAGAGAGAGCUUUGAGGAAGACCGGAGCCGAACUGUCAAGCCAAGGCAAGAACCCCCAAGGGAUGUCACUAACCCCCCGACUUUUGUGGUCAACAUCAUAAUCGGACGGGACAGCCCCCCCAAAUCUGAGUCGACAGCAAGAAGAGACUUCCGGGUGCUCUCCAUAUCGACAGAUGGCCUUGCCAUAUGCAAAAGGCACCCCACAAUAUCCUUUGGCCCAGAAGAUAAAUGGUUCAAUGACCUCCCCGAAAAUCCCCCCAUGGUAGUUACAGCCAUGGUCGGGACAGGGCUGGUUAGGCGCAUCCUCGUCGACACAAGAGCAGACUCUAAUAUCCUAUUCAGAAAUGUCUUCGACGCCAUGGGACUCAAGGAAUCCAACCUCAAAAACCACAAAUACGGGGUCAUGGGACUAGGUGACAACUAUAUCAAAUUUGACGGGACGAUCUCUCUCCCAAUCAGCCUGAGAACUGGUGACACCAGGAAAUCGGUUAUGGCAAACUUCGUAGUCCUUAGAGACUCCACCGCUUAUAACAUCAUCCUAGCGAGGAAAACUAUUAAUGAAUUCUCAACUGUGAUAUGCACCAAGUUCUUAAUAAUGAAGUUCAUAACGGACAAGGGAACAGUCGGUUCCAUAAGGGGAGACCUAGAGACAGCAGUCGCCUGCGACAGCACCAGUCUCUCCUUAAAAAAAGAAUCUAAGAAGGCAGCUGGUAUUUUCCUAGCAGACCUGGAUGUUAGGGUGGAGGACAAACUAAGACCUGAACCAGAAGGAGACAUGGAAAAGUUUCAAAUAGGAAAGUUGGUAGUUCAAUUCACUUUCAUAAACAGGAACCUACCCCAUGAACUCAAGGGCCCCCUCAUAGAGAUCGUAAGGGCAAACAGCGACCUCUUCGUAUGGACCCCAUCAGACAUGCCGGGAUUAGAUCCCGAGGUCAUGUCUCACUGGCUGGCCAUAAAACCCGAGGCCAAACCGAUAGCCCAGUGGUGA